AAGCCAGUGGAGAAGAUGUCUGACCUUGAAUCUGGCACGUUUGUCGCACUCCGUUCCCAGCGCUGCCGGCGGCGGGAGCCGCUGUUCCGCGCAGCAGUGCCGCGCUCGCACGGCACGAAGACCCGCGAUUCAAGGCGGGCCGGGCCCCGCCGGCCCGCUCCCGGGACAGCCGGGCCUGGCCCCAGGGCCCGCUCCCGCCCGGCGCCACACGGGGCUCGUAGUGCCCCCCGGGUCCCCCGCAGCCAGCCGGCCCCGCUCUGCCCCUCGGGCCGCCCCAGGGAAGCGCCUCGCCCGCCCGCUGCCCCGGCGGCAGGGAGCGGCCCCCGGCGCGGAGCGGGGGCGGGCGGGGGCGGGGCGGCGACGGGGGCAGCCCGGUGCCGCCGGGGAGCCCGUCCGCGGUGUGCUCGGCUCUCCCUGCCCGCCCGCCUCUCGCCGGCCGGCAGCGCCGUUGCGCAGCUCCUGCGGACGGGACGGGAGCAGACCGCACCGGACCCUCCGGCGAGCGGGGCCGGCCGGGCAGGGCUUGGGACGGGCGGCGGGGAGGCGAGGCUGGACGGCCGGGGCAGGGGACGAGGCCGCCCGGAGCUGGCGGCAGGGGACGGCGGGGGCCCGGGGCGGCGGGGCGCCGCCGGGGCCCGACGCAUGGCGGCAGCGGCGGCGGGGAGCAUCACCACGCUGCCAGCGCUGCCCGACGACGGGGGUAGCGGAGCCUUCCCCCCCGGGCACUUCAAGGACCCCAAGCGGCUCUACUGCAAGAACGGCGGCUUCUUCCUGCGCAUCAACCCCGACGGCAGGGUGGACGGCGUCCGGGAGAAGAGCGACCCCCACAUCAAACUGCAACUUCAAGCGGAAGAAAGAGGAGUGGUGUCAAUCAAAGGUGUCAGUGCAAAUCGCUUUCUGGCUAUGAAGGAGGAUGGCAGAUUGCUGGCCUUGAAAUGUGCAACAGAAGAAUGUUUCUUUUUUGAGCGUUUGGAAUCUAAUAACUACAACACUUACCGAUCACGGAAGUACUCUGAUUGGUAUGUGGCACUGAAAAGAACUGGACAGUACAAACCUGGACCAAAAACUGGACCUGGACAGAAAGCUAUCCUUUUUCUUCCCAUGUCUGCUAAAAGCUGAUCGCCCUGGCAGGUUCCGAGUAUAUACGCCACACUACACUAGAGAGGUUGAGUUUCCUAUUCCUCUCCAAAGUAGCAAAAAUACAAGCAGUUAUUUGCUGAUAUUAACUACUUGUGCAGAUAAAACAUUAAAACAUGAAUGUUUCAUACUGUCUUUAUAUUGCUCUUUAAACCUAUUGUGCCAGUGUGUGUGGAGGUAAAAUUACUUGGGAGAAACGUAUUUACAGGAUCAGUAACACUUCUGUUUCCUGCUAGAUAUCUAUGUAGAGAUAUUUUAUUUACCUUAUGUUUGCUUUACAGAGUAAAGGAAAACAAAUCUGAUGCACACUUACAGGAAUAUUUACCUUUUGAAAUAAUUUAUAUCUCUAUAGCAUAUUAGAGAAUAGAGUAAAUAAUUACUUUCUAAUAAUUACCUAAAAAAAUGUCCAUGGAUAACUUUCAUACGGUCUAAAUAAUGCUACAAUGCUCCUAAAUUAUUAUUAUAAUGAAAUGUGAAAUUUAUUGCUAUCAUGUAAUAUUGUUAUAGGACUCGGGCAGCUCCCUGUGGUAUAGUUUGUAGAACAGGCCUGUAUAAACAGCUGGAAACUGUCUCAUGGUUAUAUCAAUCUUAUCAAACCCUUCCCGGUACCCGUAAAGCAAGAGUUUAGCGACGUUGCUGGUGAUGGGAGUAGCGUGUUUGGUGCGGGCAAGCUCCUGGAGGUCCAUCCACUCACACCUCAGACACUCCUGCUGGCAGAAGCUGAUGUUGAAGGAGGAGGGCUGCAGGCGACAGAUGAUGUACAUAUCCGACUGCCCAAAGGCCCCAGGGUGUUUGUGUUGCUGUCUGAUGCUUAGGAUGGACUUGAACUCUGACUUGAUGCCAGUCUCUUCAAAAACCUCUCGAACUGCUGUGUCUCCUAGGUGAAAAGAGCAAUCCUUACAGUCCAUGUGAUAGCUUAACACUUUAAAUCUUUUGAUCACAGAAAAUUUCUAGUUCAAGGCGUUCUCUGUUCUGCUUCAUAACCUUUCCAGAAUGUAAGCCUGCUUAUUUCACCACAAGGAUAAGCUAAUUUUUUUGGUCCAUGAACAAAACUAAUUGCUACGUGGCUUCCUUGUGUAUCCUACAAAAUUAUGAAAGUCAGAAACUUUUGAUAAUACUGUACAGGGUGUGGCUUUGAAAUGGACAAUCUGGUGGCUGCCAGCUCCACUGUUCUCUUAAUCCAAGAAGGCAUCGCACCCACUUUUCAGUCCCUCGAAUCUUAGUCCCUGUCUCUCUCCUUGCCUCUGUGCCAUUUCAGGGCCAGACCCUGUGCAGCUCAGCACCUGUGUGCUUGUCAGAUCACUCAUCAAAUCGCUUGGCUUCAUUGCCCUUUGCCACGAGGUGUUAACAACAUGGGUAAAACUGCUGUUUGAAGAACACAGAACACAUGCGGCACAUGUACAUUUUGUGUCCGCCAACCAAAGCGACGUGUUAAAUUCCCUGUCACAAAAGGAGCUGUAACUUCAAGGGUCUAGAGAGCCUGUGUCCUGCAAUUAAAGCCAGAGUUACCCAUCUAUCCAGUAUUCUUCAACAGCAAAGGUUUUGCUCUUGAAUAAUAACUUAAAAGAGCUCAAAUGAGAUUUUUUUGAUAUUUCACUUAUUUCCCCAAAUUCUGCAGUUUUCACUGUAGUCCGUUCAAAUCCUGUUUUCUUGAGGGUAACUACUGGCAGAUAAAACACUAGGUUUCUUACAAAUCUAGUGAAACUCGUAGUUGUGUCUUGAGUGGUAAAUACAUAUUGUUUUGCAGUGUUAUCUGCUUCAGGUAGUUCACUUUCAGUUAGAAAUCAGUGUGUUGGCUUACUUCCAAAAGCAAAAGAUAUUUUACAAGACCGUGUGGAUUUCACCUUCCUCUGGAAGCCUGCGUCUGGACGUGUCAGGGGGGAACAAAACAGACAUUUUAGAGGUAGUUUCAAAUUUUUGAAAAGAAUUUGAGGACAGGCAGUGGCUAGCAAUACAUGAAUAAAAUUAGUUAUCCAGAAGAGGCCAAACGACUAUAUAUUAAUGGAUUAAUGGCUCUGACCCCGCACAUACCUCUGCCUUAGCUCAACUCCCAUCUUGCAAUGGAACGACCUGUGUAAAGUUUACACCAAGUAAGUAGAGGUCUUUGUGGGCCUGGACACCCGCCAGUGCCUGGUGCCUGCAGAACAUUUAUGUCUGUGACUUUAGGUUAUAGUAUUAAUUAGUUAGAAGGCUACUGCACAUGGGGAAAAAGUACAAGGGGGAAGAUACUAAUUUACCAUUAGUGACCUUGGAGAGAUGGCGCUUUAGGCUGCCCAGAGAGGGCCCCGCAGUCCUCUGGUUUAAAAGAGCGGUUGUGAAGCAAACUCCCUGUGGCAAGUGGUUUUAUUAUUAGACAAGGGGCUGUAUUACACAAAAGUGAUCAAAGAAGGUAAGCAACUGAGAUGGUAAGGAAUGCUGAGGCAGGCUACGGUAAGAAAAAUGAAAUAAUUACAGAUUUCAUUUAAAUUUUGCUUCAUAAACUGCCUUUUUCUGUUUCCCUUUGAUUAAAAUGUGUAUAUAUAUAUAUUUAAAGGUAUAAUGACAAAGUAGAAGAAACACUAGGGCUUGAGUUUCAGAAAUAUUCAGAUACAAAAAUGUGUGCACUUUGCUUAAUCUGCGUUAUGAAACUACUCAUAUGACUUGUGCAAGUCAGUCUGUACUCAUUAAAGUAGGCGGUCAUGUAUCUUGUCACUUCAUAUAAUCACAGGGUCUUCAAGCAUUGUAAUUGCAAUUUGUAAUUGUAAUCAGAAAUUUCUUCCCUUGAAUGACUGAGUUUUUAAUGUUUGAUGUAAGGAUAAAAAAGUAAAACUAAGUUCUGUUAUAUUUUGUGCUUCACUAAUUUCUGUCUUCUUGUAAUAUUAAGAUAUGAUGCAGAGAAUCAUAACUUUUGUUAUGAGAUAGUUCAGUAGUGGCAGGAGGGGAGCUGUAAGAGACUUGUUUCCUCCCAUUUCUUUCUCUGUACCUACAUCAGGCUCUGGCCAUAACCUCGCCCAUUAUUUGAGGGAUGGCCACUGGCUGACUGAGUCACAGGAUUUCUCUGGGGAAGCUGUGGCCAGUGCUGGUCGUUCUUUUCCCUUAGUACAAAAAUCCCUCUGGUAUCUCCUGGCCUAGAUCCACGGCCUGCCCUGUGAAAUGGGGCCUGGCUAGACAAACAGGGUGUUUGGGAAUUUUGGAAAACAUUAAUCCAUUUCACUAUGUUACCUGUAUGUGCACCGUCAAGCAAAUAAGUUUGAUUUCUGUCACCGUGUUUGAUGAAAAGACUUAUUUUUUUUAACUCAUGAGUCCUGUUUUAACUACAACUCGACCAUAUCCCACUAACUAGACAAUAUCUCCAUGUAUUGAAAUAAUGAACUGGAAUACAAGCCUUCCACACGUUGUUGUAGGAAGACUGCUAAGGUAAUGUAGAGCUAUUUCUAAGGUGUGAAACAGAUUCGGGAAACCUAGGCUCAGCACCCAGUUUGCCAGAGCUGCCGCUUUGCUCUGGGCAACAUCUGAGUCCUGCAAUACUUAUUGGAAGAGGAUAUUCAUAUCCGAAUACUGACGUGGGGCUAAAUUAACAUGAGCGAAUUAACCUUUGAAACUAAGACAUACCUAAUAACUGCAAUGUAACUUAAGAAUUAACCAGUCUAUGGAUUGUAAUUUUAAGGGGUGAGAUACUAGGAGAAGAAAAAGCGCCGUUUCCCAUCUGUUCAUAAACACCCUUGUUCAUUCACCUUUGAACAGAACCACAGCAGUAUUCAUUGUUGGCUGGGCUACGCUGGGUACAAUUGAUGGGUUUCCUCAAGUCUGCAUUGUUUUUUAACACAGAAGUGCCUUGUGUUUAUCGAAGUAGGUGCCCGCAAGACUCGGGCGCUGCACUUGACGCUGGUCCUGUGCCCACCAGCUUAGUCUAAACAAAUCAAAUGGACAAGGGUGGGAGGAAGCAAGUGUAUUUAUUUUAGUUUUGUACGUAAAAAUGGAGAGUUGGAAAGUUUUGCUCAGUCCAUCAUUGAGCUCACUGCCCUGGAUUCCAGUGAAGCUCAGAGCUGCUUGUUUCAGUGUUAUUUGGGUUAUACACUGAUUACCUUAAUCCUCUGUGCUUUCAGCUCAUAUUACAGCAUAUCAAACAAGCCUACAAAAAACAAGCUGGCUUCAAGCAUUUGUUUAAGAAAAAUUGUGGAAAAGGGUAAAUGUUACAAAUACAAAGCCGCUCUGCCCGCAACAUAAUGUCACCUCAUUACCAUUACGGUCAUAGGAUCAUGUCACUUCAUCUGUUCACCACUAAUUCAAAGCAGUGAUUAGUCACAGGAGCGAUGUGAGUCUUACAAUUCUGUUGACGUCUGACCUGGUAUCCGAGGACUUACCAAUGUCUUCGCCUGGAUUAGACAGCCCUCCUGGAAAUUUCCAUGCAUUUAUAGUCUGUAUUGAAGGAAAACAACAUUAAUGAAGCAUGCAGUCUGUUUUGUACUCUCUAAUAUGAAGGAGACAAUUAACACGUGACUCUUUUUUUUCCUGUUGAAGUUGCAGUAUUUUAAUUACUCUCACAAACAUCAGUAAGGCUCUAAGUAGGAACUUCUUGCUGAUGUGAUGGUCACAGAUACCUACAGUCUGUACAAAAUAUUGGAACCAAACAUCUACUGAUUGAAGAAACAAGCUAAGAGUCAAUAGACAACAUUGCUGCUAGAUAACUAGAGCAGUUGAAUAUUAAAAAAGCUGCUACAGAAUAUAUAAUCUUAUAUUUAAUCACUAAUGUAUUCCACUUCCAUGGUUUUGGCUUUUAAUAAAUGUAUAUAUAUUUAAUCUUACAAACAGUUAUUAUGAUUGUAGUACUGUUCUAUACUGCACUGGCUUUAAGAUGACUUUGUGUGUCUGUAAUAACCAUUUAGUGUAACCUGUUUGUUUUUAUGGACUAUGAAAACUGAGGCCUUGUGUGUGAUUUAUGUAGAGAAACAUUUAUUGAAUUGCAAUAAAGUUCAGUACUUAGAACGUGAA